UGCCUCCAGUUCUCAUAGCCAAGGUACCGACUACUGAGGAAAUAGGCUGGAUCCAAGAAGCCAGACAUUUCCAUGUUCUGGAACCAUCAGACAGGCCAGCCCUUCUUCCGAAUGGAAUCGUCUGGACUUCUGAGCAUCCUCGUGGUAUUCAUGCUCUUUGCGAAUGUUCAGGAAACUGCUCCCUGGCACUCUUUCCGGAAGCAUUGCAUCUCCACUCUUGCCCUAGAGAGGGCAGGUUGCCAGGAGGAGAGGAACAGGGAACAAUUCCUCAGAUGGAAAUGCCCCAGAAUCAGAGAGAACUAUGAAUUCACAGAAAGGGACAUAUGCAAGAAGGACAGCCGGUGCGAGGGCAAUAAGAAGUGUUGUGUCUUCAGCGGUGGAAGAAAGUGUUCAGGCCUCAAACAAGAUGUAUGCAGUCUGCCAAAAGAAAAGGGCCUCUGCAUGGCUUAUUUUCGUCGUUGGUGGUAUAAUAAGGAAAAUAAUACCUGUGACCUCUUCAUCUAUGGUGGCUGCCGUGGAAACAGUAACAACUUCCAAACCAAAGGCAUCUGCCAGAACUUCUGUGGAAGAAAAAGUCUCUUCACACAAGGAUAGAGUCUCUUCAUGCAGAGUCUCUUCACACUCCGGAACAACCACUGGGAUUUGGCUCCUGCUCCCGACUGUGUGCACUUGACUGAUGAUCCAGAUGGGCUUUUACUGCUCCACUCCUAGCACUCCAAGAAAAGUUUGGCUGUUCUCAGCAGUGAACCCUCAGACCUGCCUUCCUUUACUUCAUCCCCACUUCUUGUCGUACAUAAUUUCUUCUGUUUGGAUCUUGCUUCUAUGUAUGCUCACCCCUUCAUCUCCCUCUUCCAGAGUUCCCUGGUUAUCCCUCUGAAGCUUCCAUUUAUUUCCAAUAAAGUACUUGGUUUAGUCCUA